UCCCCAUCAACACAAUAUCGUUCGUAUUCCAGAAAUUCUCUCUCUGCGCUCUGCAAAUUCGAAAGUCAAUUACUUCAUACUUUAUCGGUGAAGAGAGAAAUUCUAUAGAUCAUGAGUUACUACAAUCAGAAUCAGCCCCCAGUUGGUGUGCCUCCGCCUCAAGGAUACCCGCCGGAGGGAUACCCGAAGGAUGCGUAUCCGCCGGCUGGAUACCCGCCGCAGGGUUACCCACAGGGCGGCUACCCUCCGCAGGGGUAUCCGCCGCAGUAUGCACCGCAGUACGGCGCGCCGCCUCCGCAACAGCAACAACAGCAAUCCAGUACCGGAUUCAUGGAAGGAUGUUUGGCUGCUCUCUGCUGCUGUUGUCUCCUUGAUGCUUGCUUUUAAUGAGGGAUGAAGAAGCUCUGAGAAGAAGGGAUUUGAUUUCUUGAUUAAGGGAAAAGAAUUGAGAUAUUGGCUUUCUGGAUUCUAUACCAAAACCAUAAUCGUUAUCUGCAUCUUUUGUUUAUUGCUCCAUUUAAAUAAUUGCUGGACUUAACUUCGAUUUGUGAGUAAUGAAUUCUUUUUUUAUGCUGUUGUAAAUUCCAAUUCAUGUUGAAUUGUCGUUUUCUUCUAGGCGUAAAUGGUUUAUCGUUGAUAUGUUGUCGUUUUAA